CCCCGAGGAAGGCCGCCGCCGCCGCCGCCUGUGCCGGUCGACCCGCGGCCAUUGUGUCCGGACACCUGCAUCGGACCGUUCCUCUCGUUCACCUGCUUCGGAAGCGCCGAGAUGACGGACCUGUUCCGCUGCGGCUCCAAGAAGGAACAGUGCUGUGCCAAGAAGUCAGCCAUCCGCAGACUACGCGAUCAGCAGUACUACAACGCGGCCAACGAGUACAACAACGAGUACCCGACGUACCCCGACAACGAGCAGUACGGCGGCCGCCCGCCCUUCGUACCGCCGCACGGCGAGUACCAGCCCGAGUACCAGCCUGAGUACCAGCCCGAGUACCAGCCUGAGUACCAGCCGGAAUACCAGCCGGAGUAA